GAACUCUCAUCUCUCCAUACACCAUGAGCUCUCCGUGUGGACACCGUACUUAUGUCCCAGGCGAUUGCGCUUCAUGUGACUGCAAUGCGGCCAUGAUUCGUGCCGAACGUGAUCCUGACACUGCCGUUCGCCAACUCGAAGCGUCCUGUGCCACCAGGCCAAACAAUCCGCUACUCCUCGCAAUCGCGAACAUUUCCGUGUUCGAGCCUCGGAUAUAUCAAGCUGGAGCCCACAAGAUCUUUAUCAAGUAUGCUCUAGGCCAAUACCCCUCGGAAAGAUUCCAUAACGAGCCUCACCCAGUCAAUCCCCUCAUGACGAUCUCAAGGCGUAGAUGGGAGACUCCUGUGCUCGGUCUCUACAAUAUUCUUGCUCACAUCGGCGCUUCCGGGUCUCGCGAUGGGGGUGCUGUCGCACGAGAAAUCCGCGACUCUUAUUCGGCUAUCUCUGCGGUCAUCUCUCGCGACCUGCCUCAACUGCUCCCGCCCGGAUUUGUUGCAAACACACGAAGGGACCUCGUUGCGGGCUUUAUGGGGUCCGUUUUCGCGGAUCCGCGAUAUUCCAGGUCUAUGUACGACGAGACGUCGCUCUCUCUCGCCAUGCACUGCUGGCUAUAUAUGUCUUCAGAGCCUCCCAGUAAUGAUGCCCCUCCCAAGCAAUACAACGACCCCUACCAACUAUUGCGAGUCCUCCUGACGAACGGAGCUAUCCAUGCGGUCAGGCCCAACGACGCUGUAAAGCGGGCCAUGGAGCUGGUGGAAAUCGACACUAUCAUCUCCUGCGUAGGAAGCAGGAUCUCCGACGCCAACACGCUCGCAGAGACUCUGAAGAGCGAUUUGACUUUCGUUUCGCUUUUCCUCGGUGUUGAUGAGGCAACAGCCUUGGCCUUUGCACAUGCCCGCUUCUACGAGACGAUGGCGGAGGGUGUCUGUCGGCAACUCUCCACCGGUGUUACCAGCGAAACGCGACAAAUCAACAAGAUGUCCGGAUCCAUUAUGAACGUUUUCUUUGCUCUUCCAAAUGCAAGAUCAAUGAUCACAGAGUCUCCCAAAGUCCUCGCGAUGGCCUGUCUCGGACUUGUCACCGCUGAACGAGACGACUCUGAUCCUUGGUUUCUAUUCUUCGGGAGGCUCUCUAGCAUGCUUGACUUCGACAAUCAACCAGCUUCACAGCCCUCUCCCUUCACCAAAGCCUGCCGCACCCAAAUGGAGCAUCUCUACAUCCGCACGGCCACCCCUUUGCGCGCCCUUGGACCGACCGGCGCCGCAAGAUUGAAGGUCAUCGACGCGUUGGCCGCCAAGGUACAACUCGCCGGCGACGCGUCCAUCUACGCAAAAUGGAAGCGUAACAAGGAAUGCUCCAGUGCGUAUUGCGACUUGAGGAAUGUGGAACAGAUUGGUGGUAUGAGGAAGUGUCAGAGAUGCGCUUCUGUCGUGUAUCACGGUCCUGCGUGCCAGAAAUCGGACUGGAAGCGACACAAGCUCGAAUGUAAAAAAUGAUUAAUGGGCGACCUUUGGUUCUAGUUCUACGGAGGGUAGUGGCAGAAAUCCAUGUUGUAAAAUAGUAGCUCAUGCCCAUGUAACAAUUUCCGUAAUUGUGAGGGUGUGUAAUUGUGGC